CAUUUACCUUUAAAAAUAUAGAAAUACUCAUCAAACGAUAGAAAGUGAAUUAGUUUUGAUUUAUUUCUUAUAGAAAACGAUUCAAAAUGAUUUUAUUUUGGGUAAUUUCAUUAAGUUUCCUUUCGGUUAAUUUAAUUUCUGCCGAGGAAUGCCCAACAGGACCAAAAAUCGUGUGUUACUACUCAAGCUGGGCUUAUUACCGUCAAGAUAUCGGCUUUUUUGACACUACCAACAUAGACACUUCAUUAUGCACCCACGUUGUCUACUCCUUCGUCGGAAUGAAUCUAAACCUAGCAGUUGAUUACAUUGAUCAGAACGUAGACGUUUCUCAUGGCGGCCUGAGAAACUUUACAGACCUCAAAGUGCAGAACCCAUGUCUGAAGACCAUCCUCGCGAUUGGCGGUUGGAACGAAGGCUCACGAAAGUAUUCAGUGAUGGCAUCUACCGAUAAGUCGCGCGAGGAUUUCGUCGAAAGCGCGUUGCGUUUCCUUGUCGCUUUUAACUUUGACGGAUUGGACGUAGAUUGGGAAUAUCCAGGUCAGCGCGGAGGUAUAGCCGAAGACAAGCAGAAUUUUGUUUUGCUAUUGAAGCAAAUGCAUUCACGAUUUAGCAAAUGGGACUUGGAAAUCUCCAUCGCUGCUCCAAUCGUAUCUUCACUUUUGGAAGAAGGAUAUGAUGUGCCAGAAAUUAGCAAAUAUGUUAAUCAUGUGUCCCUAAUGGCCUAUGAUUACACCGCUACUACUUCAGAAACAGUGGGAUUGAUGGCUCCAAUUAGCGAAAUUGUAAGAAAAAGUGUUGACCUAUGGUUAGGAAAAGGUUUUUCCCAAGAAAAAUUAAUUCUAGGCCUUCCCAGCUAUGCCAGAAGCUACAAUUUGAAGGAUCCUGAAGAACAUGACAUCGGAGCAUUGACUGACGGUAUGGGUAAAGCUGGUCUUUAUACUGGGGAGCAAGGAUUCUUAAGUUACUACGAGCUCCAAAGAUAUCUCCAAACUGGAUCAUAUGAAACCGACUGCUCAAAUGAUGGUAACUGUUACGCUUAUUACAAAAACGACUGGUUUAGUUAUGAUGACACAGAUACCUACAACGCCAAGAUUGAUUACGCGGUAAACAAAGGUCUGGGAGGAAUUAUGCUGUGGACUUUGGACACGGAUGACUUUGGCGGCAUAUACGGCAAAAAAUACCCUCUUCUGAACUCUAUCAAAGACAAGCUGGAGACUGCUUACCGUCUUAAGCACUCUGUUUAAAUCUAUAAUUUUAAUAUUUUAACACUCUCCGAGUGGUGGAAAAGUAAAAAAGUUAAUCCGCGCA